ACGCUCUUUUAAACUCUGGUUUUUUUGUUUUCCAUUCGUUUCUGAUCAGAGAGAGACUACAGAGGCUAAUGCAACGGACUUUCCGUCUACUCUUUCGCUCUCUCUCUCUCUCUCUCUCUCUCUCUCUCUCUCUGUUUGUCUCUCUGUGAACGCAACCCAAAACCCAUCAAACUUCUUCAUCCAACAUCCCAGAAUUCAAUCUCAAACCGAACAAAAUACUUUCAGUCAUUUGUUGAAAUGACGAACCGGAGAUUUUAACCUCCAUUCCCAUUUUGCAGGGUGCCAAGAAGGGACUUGGACCGGAUUUCUUGGCCCUGCAAGAAUUGGAAAAAUAUUAUAUUUUCUUCUCUAUAUAUUUUUUUCUGGUCAAUGGGGAUAUCAUCUGACAAUGUUCAUGGACUUGUUCUGGCUGUCUCAUCAAGCAUUUUUAUUGGCUGUAGCUUUAUCAUCAAGAAGAAAGGUCUUAAAAAAGCUGGGGAUACAGGAACCAGAGCAGGGUCGGGAGGGUAUUCGUACCUGUAUCAACCGUUGUGGUGGGCUGGAAUGGUAACUAUGAUUGUAGGUGAGAUAGCAAAUUUCGCUGCUUAUGCAUAUGCUCCUGCAAUUCUUGUAACUCCAUUGGGAGCUUUAAGUAUCAUCUUCAGUGCAGUGCUAGCUCAUUUUAUUUUGGAAGAGAAACUGCAUAUUUUUGGCAUGCUCGGAUGUGUUCUCUGUGUGGUUGGUUCUGUAACUAUUGUUUUGCAUGCUCCUCAAGAGAGAAUAAUUCAUUCUGUUAAGGAAGUGUGGUAUCUUGCUACAGAGCCAGGAUUCAUUGUCUACACAUGCAUAGUUGUGGUUGUGGUUGCUGUUCUCAUUUUCCGGUACGUACCACGCUAUGGGCAAACCCAUUUGGUGGUGUACAUUGGAAUUUGUUCUCUCACGGGCUCUCUAACGGUUAUGAGUGUGAAAGCUGUGGGGAUUGCUUUAAAGCUUACAUUUUCAGGAAUGAAUCAAUUUAUUUUCUUCCAGACAUGGUUUUUCACAAUAGUUGUGAUAGCAUUUUGUCUUCUGCAGAUCAACUACUUAAACAUGGCUCUGGAUACCUUUAACACUGCUGUUGUAUCUCCAGUUUACUAUGUCAUGUUUACAUCACUCACCAUUUUUGCCAGUAUGAUCAUGUUUAAGGAUUGGGACUCACAAGAUGCAUCACAGAUUGCAACUGAGUUGUGUGGCUUUGUCACAAUAUUAUCAGGGACAUUUCUCCUUCACAAAACCAAGGAUAUGGGAAAUAGUACACCUGUGCAGCCCCCUGUUUUUACAAGCCCAAGCCACCCCAGUUCAAACUCCAAUUCCAGAUAGACCCAAAUACUGAAGUGUAAGCAGCACCAUGGUCAUCUUUUAGCUAUGUUCCCUCUGCAAAACACACUUUUCGGACUUGAAUGAAUCUUGAUGUCAAACACGAGAAUGAGGAAUAGGUUUUUAGCAGAAGAUGCUUCUUAAAUUGUAAGCAGUAUGUAAAUCAGUUUGAUACUUAUCAAGACAAAAAAAAGAAAAAAUACAUGUAAAGCUUGUGACAGGCAACGUUAUUUUUUUCUCCUCUCUUAGGAGAGGGGGCAGGGAGGAAAGGAAAAGAAGAUCUUCCUCUUGUCAA